UUCCUCUCUUGAAAGCAGAACAAGCUUCCUGUGGAGCAAACAAACUACGACUCCCAUGAUGCUCCGCUCGUCGCGCAAGUCGUUCCCAUGGCAACCGGGAGCGGACUGAGGCCUAAGGACCGCGGCGAGGCCUGAGAAGCGAUGCCCGGGGCCAGUGACACCAUAUGGGAUAUUGCUAAAGCCGAAGUUGAGAAAAGAGAAAGUCAUGAAGGCGAUAGAGAUGGCUUGGAAUGUUGGGAAAGGUCCUUAUUCUUUUUAGGAAAUAAAAAUGGGGGAAAGACUACUAUUAUACUGAGGUGCCUUGACAGGGAUGAAAUUCCAAAGCCAACACUAGCUCUGGAAUAUACUUUUGGAAGAAGAGCAAAAGGGCACAACACACCAAAAGACAUUGCUAAUUUUUGGGAACUAGGCGGUGGAACUUCAUUGAUGGAUCUUAUUCCUAUUCCAAUAACUACAGCCAACAUAAGAACAUUUGCAGUAGUUCUUGUCUUGGAUCUUUCAAAACCGAAUGAACUCUGGCCAACCAUGGAGAGCCUCCUGCAAGUCACUAGGAAGCAUGUGGACAGAGUUAUAACAAAACUGGGACAAACCAAUCCUAAAGCAGCUACUGAAAUAAAGCAGAAAAUGUGGAAUAACUUGCCAAAGGAUCAUCCAGAUCGUGAGCUGAUUGACCCCUUUCCAAUUCCACUAGUUGUAAUUGGAAGCAAAUAUGACAUGUUUCAUGAAUUUGAUUCUGAAAUGAAAAAAAUAAUAUGCAAAACACUUCGAUUUGUUUCUCAUUAUUAUGGAGCAUCUUUAGUGUUUACCAGCAAAUCAGAAGCUCUACUAUUAAAAACACGUACACUCAUUAACCACUUGGCAUUUGGCUUUGAUAGAGGAAAAUCCAUGUCUUUGGAUCAGAAUAAACCACUCUUUAUUCCAGCAGGAAUGGACUCUCUUAGUCAAAUAGGGCCCCCACCUGCUGCUGACAGUGAUAUUGGAAAAUUGCAUGCCCAGUCACCAGUAGACUUAUGGAAGAAAGUGUUUGAGAAGGCAUUUCCACCCAAGAGUGUUGGUGUUUUUAAAGAGGUCAGUGACCCUGCUCAGGAUCCACAAUAUGCUGAAUAUGAAGUUGAUGUUAUGCGAGGUCAGAAGAACCAGUUCAAGGUUUAUUGCACUGGACCAAUAUUGUAUUGAUGUGCUGGAUGAGGGUGAAUAAACUGAAGUUUAAUCCCGACAAGACAAAGGUCCUCCAGGUCAGUCGCACAUCUGAUCGGGGUAUUGGGUGGCAACCUGUGCUUGACGGGGUCGCACUCCCUCUGAAGGCAAAGGUCCGCAGCUUGGGGGGGGGGGUCCUCCUGGACUUAGCAUUGACGCUUGAUGUUCAGGUGUCGGUGGUGGCCAGGAGGGCCUUUGCACAACUAAAACUUGUGCACUAGCUGCGACCAUACCUCGUGAAUUCUGAUCUGGCUACGGUGGUCCAUGCCUUAGUUACCUCUAGGUUGGAUUAUUGCAAAGCACUCUACGUGGGGCUGCCCUUGAAAACGGCUCAGAAACUCCAACUAGUUCAGCGGGCGGCAGCCAGGUUCCUAACAGGAGCGAAUUACAGGGAGCGGUCUACUCCCCUAUUUAAGGAGCUCCACUGGCUGCCGUUUAUUUUCUGGACCCAAUUCAAGGUGCAAGUGUUGACCUACAAAGCCCUGAACGGUUUGGGACCCACUUACCUUUCUGACCGCAUCUCCCCCUACGAACCUGCAUGAUCUCUUUGUUCAUCGGGGGAGGCCCUCCUCUCGCUUCCGCCUCUGUCACAAGUGCGGUUGGUGGGGACGAGGGAGAGGGCCUUCUCUGUAGUGGCCAUCCCUCUGGAAUGCGCUCCCCAGGGAAAUUAGGGAAGCUGCCACCUUGGAAGUGUUCAGGAAGAGCCUGAAAACCUGGCUCUUCACACAGGCUUUUGAAUAAGUACCGCUCAUUGUACAUUAAACCCUUAUACUAGCGGUUACUUCUGACCAGUAGUACCUGAUGGUUAACUCUUUGACAUAGCCACAGGGUUCACCCCAGUUUAAGCUUCUCCCCAUGAUCUUAUAGCACCUUAACUUCCUUCAUGUUUACAGUGCACUUUGCCCAGUUCAUCUUAUGAUUUCAUCUCUGUGUUUUAACAUGUGUCUUACAAUGAUUGUGAUUUUAUUUUAUGCCUUUUAAUUUUAUUUGUGUUUUUUUGUAUUUGAUACCAUUGUAUGCUUGUUUUAUAUCUGUAAGCCGCCCCGAGUCCCUCUGGGGAGAUGGUGGUGGGGUAUAAAAAUAAAAUUAUUAUUAUUAUUA